GAGGCUUGCUAAGGGGAGCUCCCAUUCUGUCUCAGGGCUAAUAGAGAGAGGGGACGUCUCUAUUUCUCCACUCUGUUUUUUUCUUCUGGUCGUUUGAACUAUUGAAGCCACAGAUCCCUGGGAGCAGGAGAGGAGCAAGAAGCAGACGCUGUUUCACAACAAGCAACAGAGCACGGAAGAGAGCAAGAGAGAGGACGCCACUGCACUUUGAACUUGUACAGACUAGCAGGACCAGAGGGAGCUGUGCGUGACUUUAUCAUGAUCUAUUUAAAAUCUUUGUUGUAAAUAGUGAGCCUUUAGAUUCAGUGUGGUUGUUCCCUGGCUUGUCUGUCAUCUCUGACUAUUGGCUGUCUGUCUGGGGGGAUAGAAUAGUGCUGCCAAGCUAAUGAAACAAAAAAAGUGCUAUUUAUAAAUGUUUUUGGGACUCAACCUUCUAUGGGGUUGAAUGACAACAUUUCAUUUCCAAGAUUUUCUGAAUAUCUGCUUGUGGUACAUACGUAUAAGAAAUUGUUGACACCAAUUCGAGCUCCUUCUUGCCAAGCUAUAACGGUGCUGCUGCCUGUAAGAUUGAUUGAUAACACUUUCUACACACAGCCCAGAACUGGUCCGACUAGUUUGUAAGUAGGGUAAAGUAAGUCGGGCAGUUUGAAGGAGAGCAGUCCUUUUCUUUCUGGUCUUCUCCUUCGCUCCUCCCUGCUUGUCCAGGGAGAAAGUAGCGUGGUGUAAGGAGAGGAGAGGAGAGACAAAUGAAGAGGGGGGGGUCCUAUUUUACCCCUCAUAGACCCUCCUCCUAGUGUGGCGGAAGUGACAGAGACGGAGAAAGAGCGAGCGAGAGCAUGAGCCUAUAAGUGUAAUUUAUUGUUUCCUGUGAAAGGGCAGGCUGCACCCUUUUCUCCCUCCUGAAAUCUGAACUGCUUGUUGUGUCAGAACUUUCAGGAGGAGCCAUUGUCUAGGGGUCACAGGAAAAACAGAGGAGUGAAGGAGAAGAACAAGAGAGUGAGAGGUCGGAGGACAGCACCGCGGUAGAAAAAUAGAGGAGUGAAAGGGAUCUCCGGGUCAUUUGACGGAGACAGAAGGGGAAAGAGGUCAAGAGAAGGAGUCUGGAACAUGUGCAGUUUCAGUUGUUUAGACUUUUCAUAACGCUGUCAGUUUUGCUUGGAAGCUGAAUAAAAACCAAUACCUCUUUGUGUGUGUCAGCCGUGUCUUUCGGAUAUGGCCAUGGUGAUCAGGGGAUGGGGCAACCCUAAUGGAGAGACCAACGGACUGGGGGGGGAGAAGGCUUACCUGCGUGGGGAUGAAGAGGAGGGCUCACCCCAGGCCGGGAGUGAUGUGGAGGAGGGAGACGAGGACAAGGCAUGCGUGGUGAACUGCGUGGUGUGUGGGGACAAGUCCAGUGGGAAACACUACGGGGUGUUCACCUGCGAGGGCUGCAAGAGCUUCUUCAAGAGGAGCAUCAGAAGGAACCUCAACUACUCCUGCAGGUCGAAUCGAGAAUGCCAGAUAGACCAGCAUCACCGCAACCAGUGCCAAUACUGCCGGCUGAAGAAAUGCUUAAGUGUUGGCAUGCGCAAAGAAGUCCAGCGUGGACGUAUCCCUCCAUCCCACCCAGGCAUCAGUCCCACUUCUCUGGUCGGCGGAGGUGGCGGUACCGGGCCAGUAGGGGGCGAAUUCUUCAACGGCCAGCCCAUGUCAGAGCUAAUCUCCCAGCUGCUCCACGCCGAGCCCUACCCCAGCAUCCGCUACGGAUCCCAGUACGGCCAGCAGCAGAUGCAUGGUGCUGGAGGAGGCUCCGUCAUGGGCAUCGACAACCUCUGCGAGCUGGCGGCACGCCUCCUCUUCAGCACCAUUGAGUGGGCCAGGAACAUCCCCUUCUUCCCUGAGCUGCCUGUCACUGAUCAGGUGGCUCUGUUGAGGCUGAGCUGGAGCGAGCUGUUCACCCUGAAUGCAGCCCAGUCCGCCCUGCCGCUACACAUGGCUCCUUUGCUGGCCGCGGCCGGCUUCCACUCACAGCCCAUGUCAGCGGAGAGGGUGGUGUCCUUCAUGGACCAGGUGAGGUUGUUCCAGGACCAGGUGGACAAGCUGACCCGGCUCCAAGUGGACUCAGUAGAGUACAGCUGCCUCAAGGCCAUCACCCUUUUCUCUCCAGAUGCGUGUGGUUUGACAGACCCCGUCCAUGUGGAGUCUCUGCAGGAGAAGGCCCAGGUGGCUCUGACGGAGUAUGAGAGGAUGCAGUACCCGGGUCAGCCACAGCGCUUCGGACGUCUUCUCCUCCGCCUGCCUGCUCUCAGGGCCGUGCCCGCUAAUCUCAUCUCCCAGCUGUUCUUCAUGCGCCUGGUGGGCAAGAUGCCCAUCGAGACCCUCAUCAGGGACAUGCAGCUGUCUGGGAGCUCCAUCAGCUGGCCAUAUGUCCCUGGGCAGUGAGGAACAGAAGCCUAGGACACACAGGAUCCUGGAAGAGGAUCCUGGCUGGAACCUAGAACAAGAUGGAGAGGGAUUAUUAGCCAGUGAUGUCAUUAGUCUUACACGUGCAAUAUGCAGAAAUCGCUCUGCCAUUUCCUGGUUGCUAAAAUUCUAAUAGUUUGUCUAAUUUCAGUUUAUGUGACAAAGAAAGCAGUGUAGAGAAUCAUUGUAUCAUCUAAACCCGUGUGAAAAAUAUUUUCAAUAACAUUUGUUUUUGUUAUUUUCAGCUGUUUGAAGCUGGUAUACAAAACCGAAAGUAAAAGACGCAAAAACGAAACUUAAGAAUUGGAAGCAUAGAAAUAUAACAUAAAUCGAAUGCUUCUUAAACUUGCUUUCAAUGAGAAUGACAGAUCUAUAACUAACAUUUCCAUGUGAAUCUGGUCACCCAAAAAGUUACAUAUUGCAGCUUUAAGGUCUAAUAAAGCCAUUUU